CUUUCCGGAGACGCAUCAAUGUACGAUAACACUAUUUGAUAUUGUAAUUCGUGUGUUUGAGAAAUCGGCAUGGCAGUCUUAAAUCUUUUAUUAUGUCCAAAACAUUUGUAUUUUAAUUAAUUUAAAAAAAUUCUUAUCAUAUGUUCUCUAAUUUUCUUUCACUUACGAUGUUUCCGAUAUAAAUAAGUCUGAAGCUGUAAAUCAACAAACAACGCUGCAAAGAUGCUACCAACUCAAUCCCACUUAAUUGUAUCGCUUCUGCUACUUUGCUGCUGCUUCUAUCUCUCCAUUAUUGUUUCAGUUGCCGAAGAUGUAGACCCAACAAUCAAAACUAUGCACCAAUUUUCUGGAUACCCAUCGCCAUCUUCCGAACUCAAUCAUGAUUUAUUUUUCUCACUCUCUGUUGAUAUUCAUUCCCUCCAAAAACAGAUGGAUGAGCUGGCGACAUUCUCAGACUCCCCUUCCCCAUCAGUUACUAGAGUUCUCUAUACCGACAAGGAUGUUGCUGCUCGAAGGUACAUUAAAAACUUAAUGGGACUUGCUGGCCUUUCAGUCAGGGAGGACACCAUUGGAAACAUAUUUGGUCGAUGGGAUGGUUUUGAACCAGAACUUGCUGCUGUUGGAACUGGAUCACACAUUGACGCUAUACCGUAUUCUGGCAAGUAUGAUGGAGUUAUUGGUGUCCUAGGUGCGAUAGAAGCUGUUAAUGUGCUGAAAAAGGCUGGAUUUAAACCAAAACGGUCUUUGGAGGUCAUUAUGUUCACAUCAGAAGAGCCUACAAGAUUUGGAAUCAGCUGCUUGGGAAGCCGCUUGAUAGCAGGAAGUGAAAUCCUUGAAAAAACUCUGAAGAAUACAUUUGAUAGUGAGAAUGUAUCUUUUUUUGAUGCUGCAAAAUCUGCUGGUUAUGCUAGAGAUAAUGAUGAUCUGUCCACAAUCCGUCUGAAAAAUGGAACUUACUCUGGAUUUGUGGAGUUGCAUAUAGAGCAGGGGCCUAUUUUGGAAGCUGAAGGAAUUCCUAUUGGUGUUGUAACUGCCAUUGCUGCACCUGCAAGUUUGAAAGUGGAUUUUGAAGGAGAAGGAGGCCAUGCAGGUGCUGUCUUGAUGCCAAACAGAAAUGAUGCAGGAUUAGCUGCUGCUGAAUUAGCAUUGGCGGUUGAAAAGCAUGUUUUAGACUCUGGGUCUAUCGACACUGUUGGCACUGUUGGUAUUCUCGACUUGCAUCCCAGAGCUGUCAACAGCAUCCCGAGCAAAGCGCACUUGGAAAUAGACACACGUGACAUUGACGAAACAAGAAGAAACAUGGUUGUUGAGAAAAUCCAUGAAUCCGCUGUUGAUAUAGCCAAGAAACGAAAGGUUAAGCUUUCGGGAUUUGACAUUGUAAAUAAAGAUCCACCAGCUCUUUCUGACAGAGAAAUAAUCAGGGCCAUGGAAGCUUCAUCCCUUGAGCUAAAGUUGAAAUACAAACUGAUGGUUAGCAGAGCAUACCACGAUUCCCUGUUUAUGGCUAGGGUAUCUCCGAUGGGGAUGAUUUUCAUUCCAUGUUAUAAAGGAUAUAGUCAUAAACCUGAAGAGUAUGCAGCUCCUGAAGAUCUAACAAAUGGUGUAAAAGUAUUGGCACUAACCCUAGCGAAAUUGUCCCUAUCCUGAAGUUCAAGAUUUAGAAGCACCUACUCUAUGUUAUGUUUGCAGUUUCACUAAUAUCCCAACCAUUAGGCAUCAGAUGUUUUAGUGGUAAUUUCCUGUAAAUGUCAUUUUCAAUGGUAUUGACAUUGGACUAAACAAAAAGAACGACAUUUGUUGUUUGUAAACAAUGAAUAAAAGUGCACUGCUGAGUAGUGUUUGCUCAUCA